AUGAGUCAACCAAAAGAAGGUUCUGGAGAGAUUCAAAUCUCUUCUUCUGGUGCUCGUAUCAUGAAGGUCAAGCAAGAAGUCGGCGAAAAGAUGAAGAAAGAUGCGAAGAAGAAAAGAGCUAUGGACCAAAUUGCUGCGAGAGUCUCCAAACGGAUGAAGAGGAAGGAUGGUUCCAGUGGGAGCGUCUCCGCCGGACCUCAUUCACCUUCUUUGACGAAGAGUCAGGAGAUCGUUAACCUCAUAGUCCAAGCUCACGGCAAGAAGGAUUUAGCCAGAGCUUGUAAUCCCGACGAAACGCCUGAAACUGCUCCGGAGGGUUGCUUUUGUAUCCAUGAGAAGUAUAUCUCUAAAUGUCACCUUAGGUUCCCACUUCCAUCCCUUCUGUUUGAUCUCCUCGACCAUUAUGAGCUAGCUCUCUCCCAGCUUUGCCCCUCGGUUAUCCGAGUGAUAAACGGAUUUAUCACCAGGUCCAAAGAAGAAGGGGUUGUCGUUGGAUUGACCGAUUUGAUGAGUCUCUUAUCGAUAAAGGAGAGCUCUUCCAAAGAAGGUGGUAGUGGGACCUAUUAUCUUCCUUGUCGCCCAGGAUUGGGUAUUUUCAAGUUCACUGCUAGUGAUGAUGACUGGCGGAAGAAGUAUUUUUAUGUCAAGAUUGAUCCUUCAACGGUUCCCGCGGGCCGUACCCUCAGGGUUUCUUGGUCUGAUGCAUCUGAUAUCAAGGAUCCUGCUAAACUCUCUGGCAAGCUCACCAAAGCUCUUUUUCGGAAGCUGCAGUUCAGUCCCAGUACCUGGGGAGCUUUCACUACUUCACGAAUAGAGUCAGCUAGGUUCCCAAAUCGAUACAACGCUUCUUUUCCAGAUUCAGUCUCUGUUGCUGGUUUAGAAGUUUCUGAAGGUGACUCGGUGGUAUCAAUUUCAACGGGAGCUAGCACUUAUGAGACUGAAAGGACUCAAACAAACAUGAUGACUCUUCAACCGUCAUUCCGCUCCAGGGGUAAACCAGCUAAGGCAGCCAGCACCUCUCGAGGAAGCGACAAGAAUCAGGGAGGAUCCUUCCUCAGUUCUGUGAAGGAAGUUCUUGAUGAUGGAGUUUCUGCCCCUACCAAGGACGUUAAUCCUGCCGAGCCGAGGGUUCAGGACGUUACCCCUCAUCCUGAGGUCCCGGUGGUGGAUGCUGACCUCCAAAUGGACAGAGAUCCUCUCGAGAUUGAGCCUCCGAGGAAUAAGAGGUCCAGGACCGACCAGGUCAACAGACCUUCUAGGUCUUCCUCCUCGUCUUCCAGAGGAGGAACCGUCGGCUGGAAUUUCACCCACUCAAAGCCUGGAUCGGUUUUGGAUGAUCCUUGGAGCUUGGCGACGUUGAUGAGGCAUCUGAAGAGGACCGAAUGCUCCCUCCCCUCGAUCAAUAAUUUUACUAACAAAGAGGAGUAUGUUGAGAUAGCUCACUGCAUGGGUCAGUUGGCUGGAGCCGUUAACAGGGCUCAAUUGAAAUUUGAAGAUGCUGUGCACAAUGCUCCCAAUGCUGGGGAAUUAGCUCAUGUUACUGAGCUAGUUAAGGCUACCAAGAUGGAGCUCGAUCAAGCUCGAGCUCAUGUUUCUUAUCUCCAAGCCGAGGUUGAGAGACUUGGCUCUAAGGCCGACAUCCAGCAAGGAAUGAUCGAAAGUCAAGCGAUCGAUAUCAAUGUGAAGAGCAGGAGGAUUGCCGAGCUGGAUGCUGCCAGGAGGAUAGUUGAACAGCAGGUUUGGGAGCUGAUUACUUCGACGCAAGACAACCAGAGAAAUAAGGAAGCUGAGGUGAGGCUAGCCGUCAGGAAAGGAAAAAGGGAGGUAGCUGACGCUCACAACAAGGUCUUAGCUUCCGUUAAGGAGAAGUUCGCCAAGAAGAAGGACGAGGUUGAACUUCAAAUUUAUGCUCAAGAGCUUCAGGCCAAUACCAACCUUCUGAAGGAUAUGUUGGAGAACGAGAUCCAGAGAGCUGAAGUGGAGUAUAAUCGUUUAAUGGCUCUAAUGCGAGAGGCGACUGCUGCCUCCAGUCGAGACGUCCCUGAGGGUGACGGCAAGGAGACAGAAGAAGGAUCCCCCACCAAGGAGGAUGAACCAGUCGAGGGGGAUAAGAAUGUGGAGAAGAGCUCCGGUGAUAAGGAAGGCUCAGAUCUGAGGCUCUUUUGA